GAAUGAAGGUGAAGGUGCGACGAGUAUCGCUUUAUCAGGGGGGUAUGAAGAUGAUGUCGACUGGGGGGAAGCUUUCACUUACACCGGUUCUGGUGGCAGAGACUUAAAAGGCACCAAGAAUAAUCCAAAGAAUUUAAGGACUGCACCACAA